AUGAAAAUAUCCCAAGCCUUUCUUAUUUACCCUUCCUCUAAUUCCCGCACUCCAAAUACCCAAAACACCCAAACUAAACUCUAUGGGUCCAUUUGCAAACUUUGUGAAAAGAAUCACACCCUAAGAGAAUGUUCUUCAUUUAAUUCUUUAGGAUUAAACCAAAGAAUUGAAUUUGUAAAUGAGAAUGGAAUUUGUUACAAUUGUUUAGCUACUGGACAUGUCAUAAAAGAUUGUUAUAGCGCAUUUAAGUGUAGAUAUUGCGGCGGUAAACAUAAUUCGCUUUUACACAAGCCGAACUCUAACCCACAAGUUGAAAAUACUCAGGCGUCAACAUCACACAAUGCAGUACAGUCUUUCUCAACCCACACCCAAUCAAGCAAACCAAUACCCAUAGAUGACAGAACGAAGUUAUUAGGAACUGCAGUUCUGAACGUUGAUGUUCAAGGAGAACUAUUUCCAGCUAGAGCGCUUAUUGACCCAGCUUCAGACUUCUCGUUUAUCACAGAUAAACUGAGAAGGAAGUUAAAAUUACCCACUACACCCAUAGUUGCUGAAAUAUCAGCAUUGAAUGAAAUAGUUUCAGCUCGUUCGAAUAAAUUAUGUCAAGUUUUAUUGCGCUCUAACACACAAAAUGAAUUUAAAUUGAAUAUCCAAGCAAUUGUUGUUAAAACAUUAACCAAAAACUUACCCACCCAAAAUUUAAACCCCACCCUAAUACAAGACUUGGAAAAUAUUCAAUUGGCUGACCAAAAAUUCUACGAAAGUCGACCUAUAGACUUUAUUAUUGGCAGCGAUUUUUACCCACAGAUUCUAAAAUCUGGAGUCAGAAAAGACUUACUUAAUACCCUUAUAGCUCAGGAAACUGAGUUUGGCUGGAUUUUAACAGGACCCGUUCAGAAUUCGCAAAAUAACCAACCCUUAGUUUCAUACUUCAGUUCAGUCACGCUUGAUAAAGUUUUGACCAAGUUCUGGGAAAUUGAAGAUGUACCCACCCAACCCAAAGUUUCAGAAGAAAGUUCUUUAUGUGAAGAAACUUUCAAGACCACUACCCUUCGAUUACCAAAUGGCCGUUAUCAGGUAAAUUUACCAUUUAUAUACCCUCCUGUUGAGUUAGGAAACUCUAGACACGUUGCUAUGGCUCAAUUUCUACGUAACGAGAAAAGUUUAAUGAAAAAGCCAGAGCUUAAAAUGGAGUAUGAUAACGUCCUACAAGAGUAUAUCGAUUUAGGUCAUAUGAAACCAAUUAAAUAUAACCCAAACACUCCUUCAAACACCCAUUAUUAUUUACCCCAUCACGCUGUUGUUAAACUUGAUCGUGUUACGACAAAAGUUCGAGUUGUAUUUAAUGCAUCUAGCAAAACCUCGAACAGCAACAGUCUUAAUGAUACCCUACACACUGGUCCUACCCUACAACAAGAUUUAGUUGUACUUAUCUUGAAAUGGUGCUUUUACAAGAUAGUUUAUAAUGCCGACAUUACAAAAAUGUACCGGCAAAUUAUGUUAAACCCUACCCACACACCCUUCCAACGGAUAUUAUUCCGUAAAAGCGUCAACGAACCCAUUCAAGAUUAUGAACUGCAAACAGUUACAUUUGGUGUUAACUGUGCGCCAUAUUUGGCUAUUAGAACCCUACACAAAUUAGCCGAUGACAUUCAAAAUACCCACCCUAUAGCUUCGCAAAUAUUGCGAAACAACAUGUAUGUUGAUGAUGUCUUAGCCGGAGGUCACACAAUUGAAGAAGCUCAAAAAGCUCAAACCCAAUUGAUCGCGGCUCUAGACUCUGCUGGUUUUCCUUUAAGAAAAUGGAUUUCCAAUACAAAGGAAUUAUUACACAAUUUACCCGAAGAACAUCUACUAGAUGUUGAUUUACUCACCCUACCCGAAUCAAAUAAUGCUAAAACGUUAGGCAUUCGUUGGAACGCUAAGGAAGAUACGUUUUUCUUUAAUGUACCCUUAAUUGAAAGAAAAUCAGCAUACACAAAGCGAACUGUGUUAUCAGACAUUGCUCGUCUUUUUGACCCAGCUGGUUGGUUAGCGCCAAUUGUUAUAUCUGCCAAGAUUAUUAUGCAGCAAAUUUGGCAAGAUAAUACAGCUUGGGAUGAAUGUCUUAACCCACUCACCCUUAUAAAAUGGCAAAAGUUUUUGCAGUUCUACGAUAAUAUUAAUAGAAUUCGUAUUCCAAGAUGGAUUAACUUUUCACCUUCAGCAAAAAUUGAGUUUCAUGGUUUUUCAGAUGCUUCUGAAAAGGCAUACUCUGCAUGUCUAUAUGCACGAGUAACACCCAUAGACGGACCUAAUUCCGUAACCCUACUCUUCGCUAAGACGAGAGUUGCGCCAAUCAAAGUAAUCUCGUUACCAAAACUUGAACUUUGUGGUGCAGUGUUGUUGGCAAAUAUGACACACAAUGUACUCACCCAACUCAACCUACCCUUACAUCAGACGUAUUUCUGGACCGACUCAUCUAUAGUUUUGGCCUGGCUUAGUAAACACCCUAACUCGUGGAAUACAUUUGUGGCAAACAGAGUUUCAACAAUUCUACAAACAGUAGGAGUAGAUAACUGGAAUCAUGUUGCUUCACACGAUAAUCCUGCCGAUGUUGCUAGCCGAGGAUGUAAUGCUGAUGAGUUAAAAGAUGACACUUUAUGGUGGAAUGGACCAUCGUGGUUGAAAGAAGUCGCGUCGAAGUGGUCAACAACAGAUAAACACUUUAUUACUCAAGCUGAAGCUAAAGUUAGUCAGUCGUUUACUACGACAGUUAAUACCCACCCUACCUUAGAUACGAAUACUGAAAACCCAGAUAUAUUAUCAAGAUUUUCGAAAUUGUCAAAAGCUCUAAGAGAUCUUAACCCGUUAACCCCUGGACACUUUUUAAUUGGCUCACCCAUACUUACCCCUGCAGAACCCGACACAAGCAGUGAUAAUAUAACCCUGGCAAACAGAUGGCAAAAAUUAAGGAUACAACAUCACAACUUUUGUAAAAGAUGGAAAGAUGAAUAUCUUAAAGAGCUCCAUAAAAGAUAUAAGUGGAAAAACCCUACCCGAGAAGUUGAAAUAGGUGAUAUUGUAGUAAUUAGACAAGACAAUUUAGCACCCAAUGAAUGGUUACUUGGACGUGUGACCAAAACACACCCUGGUUCUGAUGGUAGAAAUAGAGUAGUUGACUUACAAACUUCAACUGGAACUCUAACCCGACCAAUUACUAAAAUUGUUGUUUUACCCGCUAAUUAG